UGUGGUACAUCCAAGCACACCAUCAAUAAUGAAUAUUGAUCAAUCUUUGCCGCAAUCAAACCCAUCAAUAAUGGUGCCUGCAGGAGGCUCACUUCAUCACCCCACGGCCGAACCAACCUAUGUCGUGCUACCAAACCCACCUAUACCAUUCCCAUACAAUGGCUCCAACCUCACUUGUGAAGUAGCUAAUUGGCCACAGCCGCCCAACCCACCAAACCACGACUCCAACAACAUGGUUCAACAACCAGACUUACGACCAAUACAGCAACCAAUCUUUAUAAAUAUGUCUGCCCAAGCACAACCAAUGAACCCCAUGAUCGGAGCACCAACAGUACAACCGCCGCCAAACCACGAUCUGCAAGAAACCCAACAAACCCCAUCAAAAUCUGCGCCAUCACCGUCACCAUCACCAUGCCACAGCCUAACCGAUCAAAAGAAUUACCCACCUUCAUUUCCAAUACAGAAAAGAGCACCAACCGCAGGCAGUGGCUUAAGAAAACAAAAAAUGGCAAACGCAGCAGGCAACCUGGCAAACCUCUUACCCACCGGCACGGUUCUUGUGUUUCAAGCGCUGAUCCCAUCUUUCACCGGAAACGGAAAAUGCCAAAUCUUCAACAAGUACCUCGUCGGAUUCGUCAUCGCAUUUUGUGCCGCCACUUGCUUCCUCUCUUCCUUCACCGACAGCCUCCAACAUGGCGACAAGCUGUAUUAUGGCUUUGCCACGUGCAAAGGCCUCUGCGUCUUUAACUACGAUAAUCGCCCGGAAGAGGAAGGAGAGAUCAAGAAGGAAUUGGAGAAGUUAAAAAUCGAAACCUUAGACUUUGUUCAUGCAUUUGGUUCCCUCUUUGUGUUCUUGAUUUUUGCUGUCAGCAGUACGGACGUGCUACUCUGUUUCUUUCCCGAAGCAGAUCAUGAAAAUGAGUAUUCGAUUGUCAUAUAUUUGCCACUUGUCGCUGGAGCUUUGUCCAGCUUUUUGUUCUCCAUUUGCCCGACUAAGCGUAAAGGGUUGGGGUACGCAGACACUCCACGCCGCUGAUGCUAUACA